UGUGAUCACUUGAUUUAAUCAAGCAAUUUUGAUUUAGAAAACUUUUUGCAAUACAAUUAUAAACUAUAAUCCAAUAAAUCUUUGUUUCGUUUUUUUUUUUUAAACUUUUUUUCUUAAAAAACAUUUAGAUUUUCAUAUUCCGAGGCACCACAAUAUUAAAGGUCUAGUUCGGCAGGGUUAUUUGUAUGCAAUCUUAUACUCUCUGUUUGAGUUUAUUUUUUACAUAUUAAAUCUUUAUUUAAUGAUUCAAAGGUUUAACGUAUGUUUAGAUAUAGAUUUUUUUUUUCAAUUUAGAGGUAAGCAAUAACAUGCCAGAAUUAAUAUCAUUCAUGUAUAUGGUUAGAAUCUUUUAUUAAUAAACUACAUUUAUUGCUAAUUUAUUUUUGAAAUGAUUUUAUAUUGUUAGUCUAAAAAGAUUAAGAUCAAAUUAUGACGAGCCGAGAAACAAGUCAUCACAAACAUCCCCUUUAUGAAUUUGAUUGCAAAAGUCAAUACAAGUGUAACGGAUGUGAGAUGCAUGGUUUUGGGAAAAGAUUUAGAUGUAAAAAAUGCGAUUAUGAUUUACAUCCCGAAUGCAAUUAUGCAGAAGCGAUAAUAGAAUUUGAAGGACAAAAGUAUGAAUUUUGUGCAAAGCCCCCAAAAGGGGUGAACUGCUACAAAAAGCAUAAGUGCAAGUCUGGUUGUAGAUGUUGUGAUGCUUGUGGAUUAACACUUAUGGGAUAUACGUAUCAUUGUAGUGACACCGAUUUGGAUUUUCAUCCUAAAUGUGUUAAAUUAGAUCGUAAAAUCGUCAUUGAAGAUGUCAUAUUUACUCUUCAAGAUCAGAUGCCUCAGUAUUCCAAUUGUGCAAGGUGCGAAAAGAAGUUAUUAGAAGGAGCCGUAGAAAAGAUCCCAGGGUGGUCAUAUGUAUCUGAAUAUGGCGACUGUAAUUUCCACGUUUAUUGUGUGAUGAAAAUGGCCAAUAAAUAUAAUGGUUCAGCAUCGUCGUCUUCGUCGUCGUCCUCUUCUUUUAAAAAUGUAAGUUCAGGGAAUCAGUCUGUUACGUUGCAGAAAACUGUGCAGCCCGGCCCGGACAAAAUCAAGUGGAAGAAACAUAUAAUAAGUUGUAAAAGUAGAAGUUGCUGGUUCGCGAUAAUCAAAACAUUUUUGAGUACUGUUUUUUUCAUAGUUCUUGGAGAUCCAACCACAAUUGUUGCAACUACUGUGGCUCAUUUGGUUACUCAAGCUGCUUUCAAUGUCGGAUAAUAAUAGGAGUACUCAUCAUUUCACCAAAGGGAAGAGAAGAGUAUACGACGUACAUUUGGGCAUCAUUUACUUUUUUCUUAGGGCAAUCUGCAUGGUUUUGCCUUACUCUUCUAGUAAGGGUGUUUACAUGUGGAAAAAAAAUGUAUUGUUUUUUUUAUUAGUGUAAUGGUGGUUGUUGAGGUGUAGGUUGUCAUGUGGGCGCGUAGUGGUUGCUAUGGUUGAAUAAAG